AUAACGGGUCAGUUGAUGUGGGAUAACCCAUUCGAAAUGGACUUGAUUCCGGUUCUCGCGGGGUUGGCCCAUUUGGGAUCAUCGGAUUGGUUCAGUGUUACAAAUGGAAGUGUUGUGAAUCAGGGCUGUCAAACUGGACUGGAUCGCCUGUGGAACGGCACAGCUUUGGGCCAGUCCACAUAUUUACAAGUGCUGGACAGUUGGGGCAAGGUUGGAUCCGGGAUCGAGGAUGGUAACACCCGUUGGUUGGGUGACUUCUCCGAGUGUCAAGACAUCACCACCCAAUUAAACUACUCCUACUCUAUCCUGGAUAUCUCACUUCGAGCGCAAGAAACGGUGGCCAAUUUUUCUCUUGGAUUGUGUCUUCCUCGAGCUUGUUCCAAUGUGGAUAUGCCCAUGCUUUGGCACAACCUUUCCGGAGCGUUUGGAUUGAGCCUUGAGUUUGACUUAGUGGCUUUGGAUCUCCGUUCGAUUCAAAGGCCGGAGUUCGUGCUUGAUUUGAGGAACGUAUUGGCCAUAAUAUUUUUAUCUCUAAUAUUGGGUCUGGUGAUCAUUGGAUCAAUCUGGGAUCACUACCCUUCUUCAGCAACUUUCGAAAGACUCAAAGACGAAGAAAUGGAAGACAUCCCUGCCAUAGAUGAGAGUCAAAAUAAUGAGGAUGCAGUCAUUCAAGAACCUCCAGUCGUUAUGGAAAUAGAAAAUGAACUUCCACUUCCAACAGAUUCAGUCUCAGACCAAAAUUCUGAUGGUUCUUGGACCAGCGACUCAAUGGCUUGGGAUCGGCGAUUUGACUUUACUCCCAAUGAAAAUGAAAAGAAUGAGGACACCACUGAAUCACUCAUUAGCACAAACACACUUAUUGAUACGGGAGUCCAAACAUCCAACCCUUCAUCGCUCUUCGAUGAACCCAGCAAAGAAGACAUCUAUCCUGUUGAAAAGGUUGCAGCAAUCAAUCUGGAAAUUCACGCAGCAGAUGAAGAGUUCCAGGAACUGAACAAUAACGUCUUGAACAGACCCUCUGCAGGGGCUGACCCUAUGAUUUUUUACUCCAUUACCUCGGAAGCUCCGGUCAUUCAAGCCGAGGAAGAGUCCAGCGGAGAUAAUUCCGAGGAAGACGAUGUCUUACGUGAGAUUCAGACACAGGGGAAAAUGAAGAGGCAUGUGAAGAAAAUCAAGAUGCGGAAGCAAAGAAUGAAAGAGUAUUUGCAAAACAGGAAAUACUUAAAGGAUCAAGUUUUGGAUGUCCCUGGAAUGGAUCAAGUCGACGCACGGUCACCAGAAAGACAAAGAUGGACAGAACCACAUGGGCUGACAAGGCAAGAGCUGGAACUUAUUUACGCUCAUGGAUCUGGAGAAAGGCAUUCAAUUGGUCCAUUUCGCUCCCAGCCCAACUGUCUGACACCUUCGGAUGUGUUGGCCAACCAAUCGUGGCGAGGUUUCGUGAUGUGUUUUUCAGUAGGGAGAAAUUGGAGAGCGUUGCUUGACACAGGCUUAGAUUCAAAUUCAAUAACAUGGUUUCAUGGAUUGAGAUUCUUGAGCGUGGUUUGGUUGGGGUUUGGUCAAAGCAUGCUUUACAUGCAGCCAAUGGUAUCAAAUCGCAAACAAGUAUUGGAUGUGUCUACUUCUUUCAUGUUCCAAAUUCUGCCGGGAUCGUUGUUUGCCGUUGAUACCUUUCUGUUUAUCUCAGGCUUCUUGUUUGCUUAUGUGCAUCAAACUAAAAUGAAGGCUUUGCGCCCUCAAGACUCUUGGACCACUUGGGUACACUUUUACUGCCGGAGAUUAUUGUCGUAAGUUCAUCACGAUUUGAAAGUCGG